AUGGCCAAAGGCUCCAAGAAAAGGAAGCAAGGGCCAGAGAAACCUCAGCCGGUUUUGAAGAAACUAAGGCAGGAUGUUGUACCAACCGCCGUUGAAGCUGACCCGUCGAACAUGAUCGGCAACCUGCUCUUCCUCGAUGAACUGGAAACGACGACCGAAACUCUGACUCUGCUUGCUCAAAACCCUGGCUUGAUUGGAUCAAAGGUGUUGAAACCGUUUAAGACUGCAGUACAUGACUACUGGCGAGUAGCUCAUGAGACAACGAACACAGGAAGUUCAUUGACGUCAAGGAUAUCCUCCGCACUUGUUGACCAGCGCCACGUCGAUGCUCUCGUGCUAUUAGCGGAGAUGGUCAUCCGGGAACAAAUGCCGAAAUUGGGAGCCUUGCAGCGAUGGGUCAGAGAGUGCGAUGCCGUUUUGACACCAAACAUGUUACAGAAGGACGAAAGUCGGGUGUGGCAGGUUCUCGAUUCCAUCUUGAGGACUACGCAGCCCGAGAUGAUCUCGAAGAACCAAGAGGAGGGUGGGGUGUUGAAAGAAGGAAGUCGAUUGCGAUGGUACGAGCCAUUCACGGUGAAGCCUCCUCCCGGCCGUGAGGGCGGCUCGAUAGACUCGGACAUCAUAGCGGAGAAAGCGGCCCUCGUGUUGAAGCCGCUUCAAACUACCCCAGGUCCAGAGCGGCGACCACCUAACAAGCACCCUGCUGUGAUCUUCUAUUCCCCACCUAAUACAUUUCCUCUCCUCCCUUCAUCCGAACGGACACGACAUCCGCAACGACACGAGCUUCCUGGUGUGCCUGGUGCUUUCAUCAUCAACGACGUGUUUGAGUCAACCGAGUGUGAAUCCCUCGUCAAGGCAGCUGAGAAAGUUGGGCUGCUCCCUGAUGAACCUAUCGCAGGAUCGGCGGCGCAAUUGGCUUCUGUUCUUGCUCACAAUCUUAUCUGGUUGGCGGACACGGAGUUUAUUGGUACCCUUUACGACCGCAUUGUCGACCUCUUACCGCAGAUAGUCCACGGAGGCGCAGUCAAGGGAAUCAACGCACGCUUCAGAUUGUAUCGCUACCGACCUGGAGCCUUGUAUAGGCCUCACAUUGACGGGGCAUGGCCAGCUUCUGCGCUGAACGCCACGACCUCGCCGCAUUCAUAUGUCUACGAUUCAGAUCCGACGGUGUACUCGCGCCUCACACUGCUUAUAUACCUCAAUGACGACUUUGAGGGAGGUUGCACAACUUUUUUCUUGCCAUCGUCUACGCAAGGCAUUCUAGAAGCUCGGCCUGUUAAACCGCGCACAGGGACGGUCUGUGUCUUUCCUCAUGGGGCUGCGAAGGGGAGUUUGUUGCAUGAAGGAAGUGGGGUUACUUCGGGAGCGAAGUAUGUCAUUCGGACUGAGGUAUUGUACGAGGUUGAUAAGAGUGAACGAGUUGAUGCGUUGAAGGAUUGA